UUUCCUUUAAAUGAAGCUUAAUUCCGAUUGCCAUUUUUUGACAGAUAACUCGAUGUUUUUCUUUUUUGCUAGCAAAUUCAAAAACAUAAAAGUUUUAUCUUUAGCAUGCCAUUUGAUUGGACCAUUAUAACUUACAAGUUUUAAAUGUAAUCAGAUUAGUAUUUUUGUUCCAUGUUAAAUCAACUGAGUGAUCAGCAUGAAAGCAAGUAACGGAGAAAUAUUUCAUCAAUUUGACCAGAAUUCAAAGAAAAAAGAUGAAUUAUUCAGUCAUAAGUCUUUAUUAACUUUACAUCAGGCAGCUCGUGAAGGUCAAGUAAAGCUUGUGGAGCAGUAUUUAAAAUUGUAUUGGAAAGAUAAAAAGAAACUUAAUGAAAAAGAUGAAGAGGAAACAACAGCUCUUCAUUAUGCAGUUCGCUAUGGUCAUUUUGACAUUGUUAAAACUCUUGUUGCAUAUGGAGCAAAUGUGAAUAUACCAGGUGAAAAUGGGGCUACUCCAUUACACUAUGCAUCUCGUUACACAGUGAGAAAAAAUGAAGAAAUAAACAUUGAAAUCAAGCAGCAAAUGACAACCUAUCAGAAAUUUAGUUUACAUAAAGGAUUGAAACAUUUUGAUAUAUUUUUUGGGGACAAGACAAAAAACCUUGCAAAAAAGCAAAGUAAAGAAAUUACACGAAAGAAAAAAGUUUCACUUGAUAUUUCUCAUAAAGGAUCCAGCACUAUGUAUACUAAUCAAGUUACUAAUAAUACUUCUAGUAUAAAACCUAAAUCACCAUACAAUAAAAGAAAUAGCAUUUUUUCUAAACCCAAAACAAGUUUUUUAUAUCAUUAUGAACAUAAUCAAAAUGAAGAUAAAAAAAAAAGUGCAGUUGUCAUUGUAGGUAAUUUAAAUCAAGAAGAGAUUGCUGAAAUGAAAACUAUAGAUGCACUUAUAAUACCAACUGUAAAAAACGUAACUUCUAUAUCUAAAAUUAGUUUAAGUAAAAACAAUAGUGCUGGUUCAAUAAGUGCAACAACCAAUCUCAGUGAUCAUUUUAAAGAGAAGUUUAAUAAAAAGAAUAAAAAACUGUUUAAAUGGAAAAAAAAUAAUGAUAGUAAACAAAAGGACUCUAUUUUGAUGUUUUUGUUAGAGCAAAAGGUAAAUGUUAAUGCUAAAGAUAUCAAUGGUUCCACUCCUCUCCAUUAUGCUGCUACAAGAGGAAACCUGUUUGCAACGGAUUUGCUACUUAAGCAAAAGAACAUUCAUAUUGAGGCUGUUGAUCAAUCAAAAAUGACACCAUUGCAUUGUGCUUCAAUUGCUGGUUCAUUUGAAGUAUGUGAAAUGUUGUUGAAGCAUGAAGCUUCAAUUUUAUGUCAGGAUAAAGAAAGUAUGACGCCUUUGCAUUGGGCUGCUAUGGAGGGUCAUUUAGAUAUUGUUCAACUACUUUUCAAUCAUGCUGAGAAUCAAGGUGGUUAUUGUUUGGUUGCCAAGUUAUUUCUUGCAUCUAAUCGAAAUGAACAAACUGCUCUUCAUCUUGCAGUUGAGAACAAUCACAUAGAUAUAGUCAAAUUAUGUAUCGAUAAAGGUUCUAAUGUAAACUUAGUACAAGCAAACAUGAAUUCUCCUCUUCAUCUUGCUUGCACCUCAGGGUUUUUUGAGAUUGCAAAGCUUCUUGUUGAAAGUGGUGCUAACAUUGAAUCAAAGAACUCUCUGCAGGAAACACCAUUGCACAAAGCUACAUUGUUUAAUCACUUUGAAAUUAUUGAGUUCUUGUUAGUGAGAAGAGUACAUGUUGAUUGUUGUGAUAAAGACAAUGAAACACCCUUACUUAUAGCUGUGCGUAAAAAUUAUUUUGAAUCAGUAAAAUUGUUGCUUGAAUAUUCUGCAAGCAUAUAUGCAAAAGAUGCAAAUGAUAAAACAUGCUUAUUUUUAGCUGCUGAAGAAAAUUCUAAAGAAGCAUUAGAGAUUUUGUGUAAGUAUGAUAUUAAGAAUCUUUUGGAAGAAAUUAAUAAGUAUGGUAUGACACCACUUCAUAUUGCAGCAAAAGAAGGACAUGAUAAUAUUGUUCAAACUCUCUUGAACUUAGGGGCGUGUAUUGAUGCAAAAUGUCAUGAAAGUCUUACUCCUCUACAUCUUGCUGCAAAGAAUGGUCACUUUAGAAUUGUUCAACUCUUACUGUCAAAUGUUUUAAGCAUUGUUAAUGAUGUUGAUGAUUCUUCAAACACACCUCUUCAUCUUGCUGCAAUGGAAGGUCAUGUUAAAAUUGUUGAAAUGCUUAUUGAGGUUGGUUCAGCAGUUCAUACUAGAAAUGCGAAUCAAAUGACUCCAUUAGACUGUGCUUCUUAUCGUGGUUGGAACCAAUGUGCACAAUGUUUAUUAGAUGCUGACUCUAUUAUAAAUCCUUCUGAUAAGGUCAAGAUAACAUCAUUGCAUCUUGCUAGUAAAGAAGGACAUGUUGAUAUUGUAAACUUAUUGUUGUCAAAAAAUGCUGAUGUUACUCGCAAAGAUCAUCUUGGAAAAAACUGUUUAGAUUAUGCAAUUGAGAAUAAUCAUAGAGAGGUUGCUAUGGCAAUUAUUGGAUGUAAUAACUGGAAAAAUGCUUUGCGAAACUCAACUGUUGAAGGGAAUAAACUUACAACACCAAUGAGAAAGUUAAUUAAAAAAUUUCCAGAUGUUGCAGAGCAAGUCUUUAAUCAAUGCAUUUCAGAUAAUGGUCUACCUCCAAAAGAUCCCCAAUUCAAAAUUACGUGCUCUUAUGAGUUUCUUGAAGAUACCUUUGCUCCAUGGUGCACUAUUUCCACAGAUAGUAACAAGCAGCAGUAUCCAAGCAAAUUAUUGGAAAAUUCUUAUAGAACAUCAUUUUUCUCAAUAUUUUCUGGUAUAAGAACAAGGUUUUUAGUCAAUUGGAUGAGAAAAAAUGAUUUCAAACAAAAUCAUCCUUUGAAGUUUAUGGUUCAAAAUGAGCAUACUGAUCUUCUGUGUCAUCCUUUGGUUACUUACUUGUUGAGGUGCAAAUGGAGUUGUUGUGGGCGAUACGCAUAUUAUUCCAGACUGUUUUUGUAUAUGAUUUUUCUUUUAUUUAUUAAUGGUUAUGCUUUAACAUUGAGGUCUAAUUUAUACCAACUUAAUACAAAUGAAACAGUUUUAUAUUGCCAACCUAUUCAUGCAGUAAGUGUAAGCUCUUCAGUGAAGUUUUUUGUUAAUCCUGCCAGAUAUCUUGUCAUAAUAUUAUGUUCUUUGAGUUUAGGAAUAGAGUUUGUUAAGCUUCUUACAGAUCCCUACCAUUACAUUCAUAUACACAGGGUUGUUGAGUUAGCAGCUUAUAUUUGUUCAUUGAUUUAUGCAACACAAUUUAAACCCUUUGACAGUGAUGUAAGCAGUUUUCGAUGUUCAUAUUUACAACGUCAACUUGGAGGAGCUAUUGUAACACUAUCAUGGUUAGGUUUUGUGCUGCUUAUGAGAAGGUUUCCUAAACUUGGAAUUUAUGUUGUUAUGUUCCUUCAUAUCUUAAAGACAUUUACCCAAAUUUUUCCUAUCUGGGUUUUAUUUAUUAUUGCAUUUGGUUUGGGUUUUCAUUUAAUUAUGUUUGUUGAACUGAGCUCAUUUUCAACACCUGCUCGCUCUUUUGUUAUGUUGUUAACUGCCAUGGGUGGAGAAUUUAAUUUUGACACUAUAUUUAACCCUGAUCCACCAUUCUAUACACUGGCUAUUGCUUGGCCAAUGUAUGCUAUUUUUCUGGUUAUUGAUUGUCUUGUGCUUAUGAGUUUGUUGAUUGCUUUAGCAGCUGCUGAUAUUAAAAGUCUACGAAAACAAGCUGUUCUAAAAAGAUUAACCAUGCUAGUAGAUUUGACAUUGGAUGUAGAAAAAGCACUUCCCAUAUCGUUGCAAAAGAAAUUAGUGAAAAUGGAAGAAUCAGUGUAUCCAAAUGUACAUAAAUCAUGGAAUCUCUGGUCUUUUUGGUCGUUUGAAUCCCCUUCUACUAAUAUAAGAAAAAAGAAAUGGCUGAAUCAAUUAUAUCAAAAAGACAACAGUCACAAAAUAUUUGGUUGAUAGGAAAUUCUAUCGAUACUCUGAGCCAAACAAUCAUUCCCACUAAUGGGGAUAUUUUUAAAUUAUUUUUUCACCUUAAGAACUGUGAAUUUAAAACUGAGAAAUCAAUAAAAUCAAAUUCAAUUGUUGCUGAUGCAGUAUGUGAAGCAGUUCUAGAAAUCUGGCAUAAAACCGGUAUUGAAACCCAAAGGAAAGAUAAAAUCAAAUAAAAAAUAACUAAAUUGCACGAUAAAUACAACGUUCAAAAAAGAAAAGGCCAAAUGAAACAAUGAAACUAAUCUAAAUAAUUUUGUAGCAAUGCUUGAAAACUAUUUUUUCCUACAUUAAUUGCCUACAUUAAUGCUGAAGAAACCAUUCAGAAAGACAGACUACAGAACGAUAAACAAAAAAGUGAAGACAUUAAGUUUUUAUUUGCGAUCAAAGAUAACAAAAGAGUAAAACUAGGAACACCAGAUAAUCAAUACGCAAAGAAACUAAAAAUGAAAGAUGAACGAAGCAAGAGAGGGCAACAUUGGUAAAAAAAGGCCUAAAGAAUUCAAAUAUUGAAUGUUUAAGCUCUUCAGAAAGUGAAGCAAAUCUAGAUUGUGAUUCAUCCUUAAGUGAAGCAAGCAUCAGUGAAAUACUUGUGAAAAAAAUGCAAAAUGAUCAAAGAAAAACCUUAAUAAAUAAUCAAACAACCGAUAAUGAAAAUAAGGUUCAGCUACUAUUGCCAAAAAAUUCAUUUUUGAAUCCAAACAUUUGCCAAACCGCUGUCAGGCUGAAUUUGUCCUUAGGACAAAGAACAGCAUUUUUGGGAGCUAUUGC